AUGAACUUUCUUCGAAAUCGUCUCCCAGCGCCCAAGCAGGACCUUCUUGCAAAGCAGGCCCGCAGGCAGGGUUCUACAGAGUCAGCGUACAAACCUUCGCGGAUAUCUGAGCUCUCUAGCGAGUCCCCAAGUUGGUACAAGUCGGCAGCUCGACGUCGGCUUUACUUUCUACUGUUCCCAGCUUGCGUUGUCUCGUAUGCUACCUCGGGUUACGAUGGCAGUAUGAUGAACUCUCUCCAGACUGUAUCUUACUGGGACGACUUCUUCGAUAAUCCCCGAGGAUCUCAGCUGGGUCUGAUGAGCGCUAUCAUGGCGCUUGGCAGUAUUUGCUCCACGCCCAUCGCCCCUUGGGUUGCCGACAGAUUCGGCAGGCGAUGGGGAAUCACUACAGGAAGUAUUAUCAUGAUUGCUGGUGCCAUCCUUCAAUGCGAGAGUGCCAACUUUGCCAUGUUUGUCAUUAGCCGUUUCAUCCUUGGCUUUGGGCUGUCUUUUGCAACAACUGCAUCCCCAAGCAUGGUCAGUGAACUGUCUCAUCCCAAGGAUCGAGUCACAGUUACUGCAAUCUGCAAUACUUGUUGGUUCUUAGGCUCUAUCGCCGCCGCGUGGAUUACCUACGGCACCCGUGUGAUUCCAAGCACGUGGUCAUGGAGAAUCCCUUCCUUGCUACAAAUGGCGCCCAGUCUUAUCCAACUCUCGACGGUCUGGUUUCUACCCGAGUCUCCUCGAUGGCUAAUCUCGAACGACCGCGGCGACGAGGCCCUUGAGGCUCUUACACGAUAUCAUGGAGAAGGUGUUAAGACAGAGCUUGUGGAGUUGGAGUACGAGGAAAUAAGGGCAGCAAUUGAGCAGGAGAAAUUGUCUGGACAAACGACAUGGAAGUCCAUGGUCAGCACCAAGGGUAACCGAUACAGGAUGUUCCUCGUCAUCUGCAUGGGUCUAAUGUCUCAAUGGUCUGGCAACGGAUUGAUCUCUUACUAUCUGUCACGAGUUAUGGACACAGUCGGUAUAACAGACAAGAAGACACAGGCUCUUGUCAACGGCCUCAUUAAUAUCUGGAACUGGGGCUUAGCUCUCACCAGCGCCUGCUUUGUCGAUCGCGUUGGUCGCCGCCCUCUUUUCCGCAUCUCUACCAUCGGCAUGCUACUGGUCUUUACUGGAUGGACCAUCGCCUCGGAACGCUUCGCAGCAACGGAAGCCAAGUCUGCGGGUGUUGCAGUCAUGGCACUCAUCUUCAUCUAUGAGAUCUUCUAUUGCAUGGCAUUCUCACCGCUUCCAGUGGCAUACUCAGUUGAGGUGCUGCCAUACUCGAUUCGUGCCAAAGGAAUGGGUGUCUACGUGCUUGCCACAAAGUGUGCUGUUUUUGUCAAUCAGUAUGUGAACCCGGUGGGCUUGGACAAUAUUGGAUGGCGCUACUACCUUGUUUACGUGGCCGUUUUAAUUGUUGAGAGUUUUAUCGCUUAUGGUUGGUUCCUGGAAACAAAGGGUAAAGCGCUGGAGGAGAUCGCAGUUCUGUUUGAUGGGGAGGCUGCAGAUAUCACUGCUAACGACAUGACCAAGUCCUACGUCUUCAGCGCGGAUAUGCCAGUGGCAACUGAACAGGAGGAUGUUAACCGAAAGGUCUAG